AUGAAAAUCGCAUUUUUAUUUGCAGCAUUGUUUUUACUGGAUUUCUUCGUUUGCUAUCAUGCUUAUCUACAAUAUCCCUUGCCUGACACAGAGGAUGCAAAGUUCAUUAAAGACUGUGUGAGAGCUCACAACACAUUUCGAUCCAAAGUGAAUCCAGCAGCCAGCAAUAUGUUUCGCAUGUCCUGGGAUGCUGCUUUAGCUAAGACUGCCAAAGCAUGGGCAAAGAAGUGCAAGUUUAAACACAAUACCAACCUUGAAAUACCAGGGAAGAUUCACCCCAUCUUCCCACUUGUUGGAGAAAACAUCUGGACUGGCACAGCCACCACCUUCUCUGUGGGUGCAGCUCUCAGUGACUGGUUUAAUGAAGGCAGCAGCUAUGAUUUCAGCACCAAUAGUUGUACUGGCAUAUGUGGUCACUACACUCAGGUCGUUUGGGCAGAGAGUUACAAAGUUGGCUGUGCAGUUCACUUCUGUAAUACAGUUGAACAUUUUUCACAAGUGUCCGAAGCAGCACACUUCAUUUGUAACUAUGGCCCAGCGGGGAAUUACCCAAGGAAACCAUAUAAAGCAGGACAACCAUGCAGUGGAUGCAGUAAUGAGAAGUGUGUAGACAAGCUCUGUGAAAAUACAGACCGGGAGAAGCUGAUAAAUUAUGCCAACUGGUAUCCAGACUGGGAUGCACAGCCCCAGUCCCAGCCACCGUGGCCCCACACCCCCGGUCCUCCUGUGCCAAAACACAUCCCACCUGCUGAGCAUCCUCCUUCCUCUUGUGACCAGUACUGUCUUAGUGUUUUAAUUUUAAGGCCACUGUUUCUGGUACUGAGUGCUAGUGCUGUUCUUUUGGUACAACAGCGAUUUCCACACACAUUUUUUUACGAGUAA